GACUUUUUAAGACUGAAAACUUAUGAUACACUUUAUCCUUUUUUGCGUUCCUUUUUUUUUUUUUUUCCUCUACUAAUGACUACUACUUCUGUAUCGCCAGAAUCCAAUUAUUUGUCCAACUAUACCUCGUCUUCUUCCUUUCAUAACUUUACACGUAGACACUCUAUCUAUGGUACAGAAGAUAGAGUAGUUUUAGAUAUUGGUUCUCUUUAUAUCAAGUGUGGUUUUUCUGGCGAAUCUUCACCUCGACAUUUGGUUCCUACUUGGUCUAACUUGGGACGUUUUCGAGAUGAAGAUGGAGAAGCUAUUCGAGUGAAUAAAGAGGUAAGCAAACUCUAGCAACUCGUCUUAUUCACUUGACAGCUCGAUGACUUGUAUGGUUUGGAUAUUAUGGCAAAGGGCAACCUAGGUCAGAUAGAAGAGUGUCUCAAAAGAUUAUUACACGACAUUUAUUUUCGACUACUGCUGACAGACCCUAAAUCAAGAAAAGUAAUCAUUUGUGAGUCGCCUUUAGCACCAGUCAUAAUGAAGCAAAUGAUUGCUAGAUUAUUAUUUGACUAUUUCCAAGUACCUUCUAUAUCAUUUGUGCCUACUCACCUUAUGGCUCUAUUAACAACUGGCCUUACAACUGGCCUAGUGAUUGAUAUUGGCAAUUUAGAAACAAGUGUGCUUCCUAUCUACGUGUCUCGACCUUUGAUACCCUAUAUUUCAACCACGCCAUUAGCUGGAAAAUCAGUGACAAAGAGGCUUAAGGAAUUGCUAUCUGAAUAUGGUCGCUUUAUUCCUCCUUCCAGCCUUCAUUUGUCGCUUGCACCACACAACAGUAUACCAGAUCAUAUCCUUACACCAGAAUUAUUAGAAGAUAUCAAAUCUCGAGUUAUCUUCUGCUCUCCCAUGAUGAUUGGGCAGCAACAUCAACAACAAGAAUCCAUCGUAGAAACAUACAAAAACCUGAGUAGUGCUACUGAUCUGUAUUAUCCCAUCACAUUAAAAGACGGCACACGAGCAACACUAUUGAUUCCUGGCUGGAUUCGUGAAAGAACAGUCGAAGUUCUGUUUGAGGGCGAUGAAGAUGAAUCUAGCAUUGCACAAUGUAUUUUAGAUGCUUUACUGAAACUUCAACCUGAUUUGCGUAAGCCAUUGAUUUCUUCCAUGUUGUUUAUUGGAGGCACAUCUCUUUUGCCUGGACUUCAGUCAAGGAUGAAACAAGAGUUACUAAGAAUUAUGCGAGACCCUUUGGACUAUGAAAAGAGAAAAUAUGGUCCAUUAUUACGCUUGCAUAAAUCUAUCAAAUUUAUUGAUAAUCCAGAAGAGAAAGGUGCAGGCCGUAUUUUUAUGAACAAUGUGAGAGGAUGGAUUGGAGGUUCUUUGGUUGGAUCACUCAAAAUUUCUGGUGAAGAAAUGGCUAAAGAGAAGUUCUCUGGUAGUGUCAAUGACUGGUCUAUUGGUAACUGGGAUACAUCCAAUCAAGACGCUUUGGAUAGAGAACUUGUCAGUACUGGCGCAAAAUAGUUCAAUUGCGUUUUGACUUGGUACAAUAAACGUUUGACAUGGUUACACAUGA